AUCCUUAAACAGCUAUUUAUAACUACUGUGACAGAAACAGAAAAGCAGUGGACAGCACUUUUCAAAGAAGAUCAAGUUUGUACAUAACACUCGAAGCAUUUCUUAUCAAAAGUAUUGGAAAAUAAAAAGUUUCUACUGGGAGUGUCCAAUCUUUUGACUUUCCUGGGCCACACUGGAAGAAGAAGAAUUGUCUUGGGCUAUACAUAAAAUACACUAUCACUAAUAAUAGCCGAUGAGCUAAAAAAAAAAAAAAAUCACAAAAACAUUUCAUAAUGUUUUAAGAAAGUUUACAAAUUUGUAUUUGGCCAUGUUCAACAUCAUCCUGGGCCACAUGUGGGACGAAGGAUGGAUAAGCUUGCUUUUAAAUGUAUUGAAUUAAUCUUUAAAUAUUUUUAAUUAUAUAAGUAUUGCAUAAAUAUAUUUUUGUUGUAAAAAUGAUUCCCAUCACUUUUUAGGACUAAGCCGAAGUUCUGUCCUUUAAGACAUUUCUUUUCACUUUCACAUCAUGUUUCCCAGAGUGAAUUAUUUUUCAAUGAUCAGAGCUGUAGUUCAGGCUGCUGCUUCAGGAAACAAGAAGCUUGCCAUAGAGAUCUUCAAGGGAAGGUUUUAAUUUUAUAAUAUGUAUGUGUUUUAAAACAUUUUAAAAAUGUAUUAUAAUUCAGUUUCUUUCAAAACAAACUUAACUGUUAGUCUUAGGUCUUUUCAUUAUAGUACAUAUAAAUCCGUCUUAUUCUUUACUGAGUGAAAAUUUGUAGUUUAGUAUAGAAUACAUUCAUUGUAUUAAAACCAGUUAUUGAGAGCUUCAUUUGCCUUCAUAUUAGUUCUAGGGUUGAAACUGCACACAACAGAUAAAGGGCAGCUUCUCAUAUUGCUUGCAUUCUGGUGAAGGGACAUAAAUAAAUGAAAAAAUAGAAGGUAGCUUUAAGCUGGCUAAUAAAAAUAAAGAUCAACUUUAGACUGAGUGGUCCUGGAAGGCUUCUCUCAGGAGAGGUGACUGUUAAGUUGAUAACAGAACUAAAAGAAGUCAUAAUUCAUACAUAGUAGGGGAGGAGGCUGUACGCAGAGGGAGCAUACAGGGCAAAGGCCCUUUAGUUGGGCACCAGCAUAGUGUGUUGGGAGACCAGGAAGAAGGCAAAGGUGGUGGAGGGUUAGAAAGUGAGGAUAUGAGAUAAAAUUGGAGUUAUGAGCCGGGCCAGGUUUCUUGCUCCUGGUAGGACAGAGUAAACAUUUGGAUUAUUUUUGAUGCCCUGAGAAGUGACUGAGGGAUUUUAAGCUGAGGAAGUGAUGUGAGCGUGAUUGCUGUGGCAGAUCAACCAGUUGUUUCUGUUUUUGAAAUUUGGAAUAGUGCUUCAGUGAAUGAAUCUUGUGUGUGCCUCUUUGUUCUUAGGUGUGAAUGUUUCUCUAGAAUAGGUAGGUACAUAAAAGUGAAAGCACCAGCUUCUAAAAUAUGCACAUUGAAGAUUUUUAACAGAUACUGAUGUAUGGCCAUUCCAGGCAACUGAACUUUUAGCCUUCAUAUAGUAGUGUAGGAAAAUACCUGUUUUUCCAAGCCCAACUAGCACAUUUUAACUCUUGCCAAUCAGGAUCUCACUGUUUUAUUUUGGUUUUUAAACUAUAUCUUUAAUGUUUAUAUAUUUUUAGUGUGCAUUGUACUGUUCAUUAUUCUUUUUCAAAAUGAAGUAUUUUCCAAUGAUCAUAGCCAUACUAUGUUUAACCUAUACCUUCAGGAGACUUUGGAACUUAAUAUAGAUAUCCUGAAGAGAAGGUUUAUUUUUAUAAUGGAAUCAUGACAGUAAUGUGGGCCAUUAUUUUGCUUGCUAUAGAAGACUUGCAGGAUAUGAUGAUGAUGAUGAUGAUGAUGAUGAUGAUGUUGAAGGUUUCAUCCAAAACUUUAUAGUUUACUGAGGGAUACAAGAUAAAUUAUUAAAUCUCUCUGACCCUUUGCUUCCUUAUUCAUAAAAUGGGGAUGACAAAUGCACAUCUCUCUGAAUUAUUCCAGUGAUUAAAUUUAAGGCACCCUGAAUACAGAGUCUCAAGAAAUGUGGAUUUUCCUUUUCCAGCAAGGCUUGAUGUGCAAUUCAAGCUUCUGCACACCCGAAAACAAAUGGGUCUUUCUGAGGCUUUCACCAGCUGUGAGUGAAAGGAGCAAGAAAAUUGGUACUGAGUUUAAGACAGCUGUAGGGCCGGGUGCGGUGGCUCAAGCCUGUAAUCCCAGCACUUUGGGAGGCCGAGGUAGGUGGAUCACAAGGUCAAGAGAUCAAGACCAUCCUGGUCAACAUGGUGAAACCCCGUCUCUACUAAAAAUACAAAAAAUUAGCUGGGCAUGGUGGCACGUGCCUGUGAUCCCAGCUACUCGGGAGGCUGAGGCAGGAGAAUUGCCUGAACCCAGGAGGCGGAGGUUGCAGUGAGUGGAGAUCGCACCAUUGCACUCCAGCCUGGGUAACGAGCAAAACUCCAUCUCAAAAAAAAAAAAAGAUAGCUGUAGGGAGUGUUAGCACAAGGUGCAGGGGAAGACCAGGUGAUUGAAAGGGUCACUUUGGUAAAAGAGCUUGAUGCCUUUCAGUUUUCCCUCUCUCAGCAGCUAUCAAUAAUGUGUGAGUUAUAAAACACCCUCCAAAUAGCUCAUUGUUACUGCUAAGUAGACUUGGCACCCAAAGAGCUUUUAAUUAUCUUACUUUCUUGCUACCCAGAGUUCUUUUUCUGAGUGCUUGCUUCAAACAUAUAUAGUAUUUUGAUUGUUUAGGCUUACAGAUUUGUGGGUAAAAAUUGAGAAUAAACAAAAAUAUCUUUUUUCCUAGAGUCCAUAAUCCCUAGGAUUUUUGCCUAGUGAAUUUUGAAGGCAACGAUCAACAAAAUGAAGCUAAAAGCAAUAUUUUAAAGCAAUAGUGAUCAGUACUUUGUAACAUUAUGGGCUUAGCUGCUUUCUACAAAUUGAAUAAUUGUUUCCUUUGGAUUACUGGUAUAGGUAUGGAAAAUUUAUUUUUAAAUUGCUUUGAAAUGACUUUCCCAGUUUUAGAAAUGUAUACAUUAGUAGAGUUGAUAUGGGAAAAAAGUGAAUUCUACCUUCAAAUGUCCAGAAACUCACCCUGCUUUGAUGAGGAGAGAUAUGGUAGAGUUCUCAGAAUGUAUCUUAAUAUUAGAGUCAACCUUACCUUUAACUCUGAUGACCAAAUUGUGUUUAAUUUUUAGGUUGAAAUAGAAACAAGACAUCAUCAUCCUUCUUGUAGAUUAACUUAGAAAGGUUUGUUUUUUCAAACCAGAGGACAUCUUAUGAACCCCUGAUAUGUUUGUUCUGAAAAACAAAAAACAAAACAACUAUUCAACCUUAGAAGUAACCAAAACAUUAUUGACUGCCCACUAUGCACAAGGUCCUGUGUUAAAUGUUGCAGGAGCUACAAAAUAAGACUUGAUUCUUAAGGCAACACUAUGGAAUUGAUGGGAUAGGACAGUAAGGGUUCCUUUCUUCUUUUUUCUUGUUUAGGGUAAUGUGCCAUUAUGGAGUCUUUCCAAAGCAUUCAACUUACUUUUCAUUGCUACAGUUCUUUGUUUUUAUAUUGAUAUAUUUGGUAUAACAACUUUAUUUAGAUAUAAUUCACAUACCAUAAAAUUUUUCAUUUUUAAGGGGCACAAUUCAUAAUUUUUAGUAUAUCCACUGUUGAGUCUAUCUACUGUACACAACUAUGACCAGUGUCUAAUUCCAGAACAUUUUCAUCACGUCAAAAAGGAACCCUGAAUCUCUUAGCAGUCACUUGCUGUUUUCCCCUGCCCCCAUCCCCACUCUACUUUCUGUCUCUAUAGAUUUGUCUAUUUAGACUCCCUUCACAUAACAAUGUUUUCAAGAUUGAUCCAUGUUGUUACAUGUGUCAGUACUUCACUGUUACUGCUGAAAAAAAUUUUAUUAUAUGGAUAUACCUCAUUUUGUUUAUCCAUUCAUUAUCAGAUGGACACUUAAGUUUCUUCUUCUGGGCUGUUAGGUUCCUCCCCACCCAUGUUUAAUUUUUUAAAUUAAUAGAAUGUAUUUUUAGAACAGUUUUAGAUUUACAGAAAAAUUGAGCAGAUAGUACUGAGUUUUCAUCUAUUCCCCCCUACACACACUAACAAAAUAAUAGUAUGGGACAUUUAUGUUGCAAUUACUGAACUAAUAUUGACACAUUAUUAUGAAAGCCCACAGUUUAUUCAGAUAUCCUGAGUUUUUAACAUAAUACCAUUUUUGUGUUCCAGAAUCUCAUUUAGGAUACCACACUACAUGUAAUAGUCAUGCAUCCUUAGACUCCUCUUGGCUGUGACAAUCCCUUUGAAUCUCCUUGUUUUGAUGGACUUGACAGUUUUGAGGUAUAUUGGUCAGGUGCGCAAGAUGCUCCUGUGUUGGAAUUUGAUGUUUUCCUCAUGAUUAGGGGUUUUUGGAGAAAAAUCACGGAGUACCAUUUUCAUCACAUCAUACCAAGGGUAUAUGGUGUUACCAUGAUUUAUGACUAUUGAUGUUGACAUUGUUGACCUGAUCACCUGGCUGAAGGGGUGUUUAUCAGGUUUCUCCACUGUAAAGUUACUUUUUACCCCCUUUUUCAUACUGGGCUUGGAAGAAAAUCACUAUGUUCUGCCCACAAUAAAGGAAUGGGGAGUUGUAGUCUACUUUUUGGGGAGUGGAGUGGCUACAUAAUUAAUCGAAAUUCUUCCUCAAGGGAGAGUUGUCUCUUUCCCCUUGUUCAUUGAUUCAAUCAUUUAUGUUUAUCAGCGUGGACACAUGAAUAUUUUAUACUUUGGGUUACAUUUUAAUUCUAUAUUUUGUUACUCAAAUUAUCCCAGCUUUGGCCAUUGGGAACUCUUUCAGUUUUCUCCUGUUCCCCCUUUGACAUACCCCCAUCAAUGUGGGUUUUGUGUUUCGUUUUGUUUUUGAGUACCUCCUUAUUUUUCUUCUUUCAUUUUUAAAUAACUCCAAUCCCUAUAGAAGUUGGGGCUAGAAAAACUUAACAGUGCUGCAGGUCAUCCAGUUCCUAUGCUGAUGGAAGAAAUGUGCCUCACCCGCAGAGGGCUGGGGAGGAGACAUCUGGGAUUAUUGUGGUUGAAUAAGACACCUGUCCUGGCCCUCCUGGAGCUUAGUUUAGUAGGUCACACAAGUAGUCAUUGGUAAAUUUGGGAUUCAAACAAAUGUGUUAGGCUCAGAUCUGCCUGUUGCUUGUCCUCCAAGCUGCAUAUAAACUGAGGUGCCUUAAAGGGUAAAAACUUCAGGAGCAGAGAAGACAUAAGUUUUAAAAGAAGAUUUGCAAGAAAGCUGUUUUCCAGAUUUUAUCCUGAAGGCACUAGCUCAUUUAAGCUAUUUUUUGUUAUAUUUUGCCCUUGUAGUUGGCUUCUGAUUUCUCACUGAACAUUCAUUGUCAUAAUUAUAGACACUAUGUGACAAUCAAUGGCAUAGUUUGUGCUGCAUUUUUAUUACAUGGCACCCCGAAUUUUUCCCACGUAGGUAGGUUUUAAAUUAUGAAUGUGUACUGUGACAUAGUAUCUUACUUAGUACUCUAAUAAGAUUCUUAUUUAUAUAACAAAUAUUAAGUUUUAUUCCUCUGUAGUGCUACUUUAGACUGAGCUAAUUUAAAUGAAGCCAAUCUAAAAAUCGUGUUACUUCUAAGGAUGUUGAGUAAGUUGAACAAUUCUGCUGCCAUAUUACCCCUCCCCAGUACAGAUAGUGAAUGAGAACCCACUGAUUUAAAGACAACACUGCAGCCCCUUCUUGCCUCAUUAAAGUUCCUACUUUUAUCAUUACAGUAAAAGCACUUAAUGUUGGCACUUUUAACAGAAUGAGGGAAGAGCCAGAACCAGGCAGAGUAGUGUGUGCCUGUAAUCCCACCUACUCAGGAGACUGAGGCAGGAGGAUCACUUGAGCCCAGGAAUUCAAAGCCAGCCUGGGCAACAUAGAUCUUGUCUCUUAAAAAUGAAAUGAUUAAAAAGGAGGAAAGGGAGGGAGAGAGAAGCCAUUAUAGACUGGGUGUAUCUUUUCUAUGUGGAGCCAUUUUGUAAGAACAGCAUUUUUUCAAACUGGGCCCAUACAUGUGAAAUCAGUUUAGUUGGUUAAGACCAUUUUUUUAAAAAAAGAAAUAUUGGUAAUCACUAUAGUGUAAUUAUAUUGUUUUGUGAAACCCAUCUUAGAUACGUAUGUCUGUAUGUGCAAGAUUGUGAUAUAAAAUGCAUUUCUUACUGUGGUUAAACAUUCAAAGAAGUUGGAGAACCAUUACUAUAAGGGGACAGAGUGCUCCACGUGAGCUCUUCUGCCUUCCCUGAAUGAACUUCCACAACUUAAUGCUAAGACAUUCCAACCUUUUUGAAAAUUUGGGUCGGAGAGCAUCUUGGGGAGGAGAGGAAAAGGUAAAAGGGGCAAAGCAACACCUGCGCACGCCCUCCUCCCCCCUGCCUCAAACCCCCCAUUCAGCUUGGGAAUGUUGUUAGAACCUUAAAUAUAAUUCAGCUCACCAUUCUGGAUAAGGACAGACUCUACCAAAGAAAAUGGGUAAUUACCCAGCUGUGAAACAAAAACGUACUUUCACGUCUACACAUUCCUUUACAAACCACCGUGUACAUUUCAGCCUCCCCGCCUCCUGCCGCCCAGCCGCCAUUUCUUUUCUCCAGGAGAGAAAGCUGCAUGUCUAAGUGGUCAUAGAUUGUUGAGUAUCAUACUUUCCUACCUCGUUUUUAUUUGCGCGGUUUUAAUUGCGCCUUAACAGAACCCAUGCAAAGCCCGGCCAACUAGCUUGCUGCGCUGGACGAGUGGAGCAUCUUCCUUGGUGGCAGGUGGGUGCAAGGAGGAGGGGUCUGGGCUUUUAUCAGGUCGAGUAUUUGCCCAGCAGACCCUCAUCAUUGGACUGCGUCAGGAGGAAGUGGCACCGCUCCGAGGUAGGGGAAGAAGGAUUAUAUAGGGGGAGUCCACCACACAUGGUCUUGAAGAAGCUUUUAUAAAAGACAACGUGCAUACUUUGCUGGACGUUGUUGGAAAGGAGUAGAAACAAGCAGACGAAAACAUCCCAAAGGGUAACCACUAGUGUUCUUGCUUCUUGCAACAUUCAUCCCAGGCUUCCAGCCCAGCCCAGCCCAGGCCAGGUGAUCGGCCGCCGCAUCCCCUACGACUAAAGAACCUGCUCCUCCAUGGACUUGCCAAGAGCUGAGCGUCUUCCCUCCACACUGCAGCGCAGCCUCCGGGACUCCAGUGGGAAAACCGGUAAAAUCAAUGUCCUGGGAGAGGAGGUAGAUGAAGACGAGGAGGAGGAGGCAAGCCAGCAGUUCCUAGAGCAGCAGCCCCAACCGGGGCUGCAGGUGGCGCGGCGGGGCGGGGGUGCGCUUCCCAGAGAGCAAGAGGGCGGUGGCGGCCCGAGCGAGCCUUCGGACUUUGGCACCAAGUUCAGGAUACCGCCGAAGUAUGCGGCGGCCUCUGGAGAUGCCCCGCAGCCGGCAAAGCCCCCCUACUCUUACAUCGCGCUCAUCACUAUGGCCAUCCUGCAGAGCCCGCACAAGCGCCUCACGCUCAGCGGCAUCUGCGCCUUCAUCAGCGGCCGCUUCCCCUACUACCGCCGCAAGUUCCCCGCCUGGCAGAACAGCAUCCGCCACAACCUCUCGCUGAACGACUGCUUUGUCAAGAUCCCCCGCGAGCCGGGCCAGCCAGGCAAGGGCAACUACUGGAGCCUGGACCCCGCCUCCCAGGACAUGUUCGACAAUGGCAGCUUUCUCCGGCGCAGGAAGCGUUUCAAGCGCCACCAACCGACCUCGAGAGCCCACCACCUACCCCACCCCUUCCCUCUACCCGCUGCUCCUGCCGCCCUGCACAACCACCACCCCGGCCUUCUGCUUGGGGCCCCUGCCCCGCCGCAGCUUGUCCCGGGGGCCUACUCCACCGCCGCGCCUGGGAGACGCCCGUGCGCUCUGCUGCACCCGCAUCAUCUUCGUUACCUACUGCUCUCGGCCCCCGCCUAUGCAGAGGCACCGGGGAAAGCAGAAGGCGCGGACCUGAUGAUCCCUGGCACCCUUCCGGCUCUGCAGCCCUCGUUAGGUCUCCAGCCUUGGGAGGAGGGCAAAAGUCCCGCGUCGCGACCAGAAGGUGGAUGCAUCUCUUUCAGCAUUGAGAGUAUUAUGCAAGGGGUCAGGGGAGGCGGUACAGGGGCUGCGCAGAGUUUGUCCCCGACCCCGUGGAGCUACUGCCACCUGCUGCAGCGCCCAUCAUGCCUGUUGGAUCCCCAGACCGCUGCCCCUUUGCUGCACGUUUCCGUCGCCGCCGCUGCUCGGACAGUUUUGCAGCUACAGCAGCAGCAUCAGGAGGAGGAAGUCUGCGCCGACGGCUGUGCUCCCACCGAGGGCGCGGUGCUGGGAGGGAACCUGUCGGCCGCCUCGGCGCUGCUUAGGUAUCAGGCAGUGGCAGAGGGCUCUAGGCUGACUUCGCUGGCUGUCCGUUUGGGCGGAGAAGGGACCUCACCGGCUUUCUGAGUAGCACCCACGCCCAUUUCCCUGGCCAACUCCGCAGGGCGUUCCAAGAGCUAGGUGGGAGGGCGGCGCGACCCGCAGCUGCUCACUCCAUCUUGUGCGGCCGAGACUGGGCCUGUGCAUCUGAAUCGCGCUGCAGAGCAAACACAAAGUUCUGUUUGCUGCUAAAUGGUUAGAAAGGAACAGCUGGAUUCCAUUCCUCUAAAGACCACCUGAACGUAAACUUUGGAGGGCGUCAAGUCAUCUUUUCUUGCCUUCAGUUGUGGCUUCCACAGCUUUCCCGAUUUGCACAUUUCCUGGGGGAACUAUGAAAGUGAGUGGGGUAUUUUGUUCUGGUAUUAAAAGAAAAACAAGCAAGCAAGCAAAAAACACAGCCUCCAACGCCAAUCAUGUCCCCCCUUCUUCACUUCCUUGGAACUGGAAGUAUUAUUCUUAAGUGCAAAAUGCUUCCGCCCUCUGUCUUCCUGAUAGGGAUGUGUAAUGUAAGUAGGAUGUUAAUUUCAGAACACUGAUAUCUGUGUGACUGACGUGCCAUGUUUCAUGUUAAAAUUAAGGUAUUAAAAUUAAGCCUAGUUAUAUAGACGAAAUAAAAUGCUAAAUCACUACA